AUGAAAGUGAUUACGUUCACUCAGUUGAAACUUGAUGUUUAUCAGUUUCAGAAGAGCGAGUUAACCGUUAUCAGAGGUGUUGUUGCAGUCACACCUCCUCCUCGCUCACUAUGGACGCCACUGAUGGCGCCGAUAUGGACAUGUGAGUUGAAGCAGCAUCAUAUUUUCUCUCGUUCGAGUGCAGUGGUGUACAAAGUGGAAAACUAUUCAUAUAAUAAAAGAAGAAUGCAGAUGAACGUAUUAUUUAUUUCACUACUCUCGUUCAUGUCAACCUUAAUAGCAAACGCUAUCAAGUGCUAUUGCACUGAUGACCAUUGUGUUCCGUACGGUGUUUGUGAAAGCAGUGUUUGUUUGGUUGGUAUACUGAAAAGUUCAAAUUCAGUUAUACGUACUUGUGGCUCAGAAUUAAUCGGUUGUCGAAGAAACGUUGGAAGAUGGUUAGACUUGUGUGCUUGUGAUAAGCCGUUGUGCAAUACGUUCUCUUAUCUCAGAAGUAAUACGCGCAAAGAUACAGAACCACCGGAUGGCGAUUCGCUUGUUUUUAACCGAGUUGACAGCAUUGACACAAAUCCUUCGUAUCCAGAACAGGAUGCUCCAUUGUCAACACGAACAUCGUUUUUGACGAUCCUCUUGGUUGGGGUGCCGCUCGUUGUCGGAACGGCCACUGUGGUUGUUGUUGCCUUCAAUUAUUAUUGUCACCUGUGCUGA